AUGGAUUCCACCCAACCAUGGAAGAAACUGGCCGCCGAGUAUAUCAGAGAAGCAAAAGCAGCACCGGCGAGUAGAUGGAGAACGAAGCAAAGCGGAGGACAGAGCCAAAAGAUCCUCCAUCGAGAGAAGACGGGCUCAAAAUCAAACCAUGGUUCCGGCGAUACCUCUUCCGGAGCCGAACCUGAACCUCCACAACCAACGGUACCACGAACCCUAACACGCGAUAACAAGACAAAGACAAGGGAUAAACCGAAUCAAAAGAGAAAGCAAGCCUAUAAGAAGCCAAAGAGAUCGAUGCCGGCGCUAUCAGAGCCGCCGACCAUCGGUCAGUCGAAGAUCGCCUGUUUGAGCUCUAGAGAGGAUAAUCGCACUUGGCGGCUAGGCGAACCCAUUUUAAAGUAA